CCUAUUGUGGGGGCCUUCCAGCGCGAUGAAGCCGAGAGCACAACGCCGCCGGCGGCCGGCCCCAGCCUCCCUCUGUCCCUCCCCUUGCCGGAUCCUCCACUCCUCUCCUCCGUCCGCUUUUGCCGCCGCCGCCGCGCCGCUCUUUGCUCGGUCGAGCGGAGCGGAGUGGAGAUCCAACCGGACGUGGGUUGGUUCUGUGCCGGCGUAGCUUAUCCUCCGAAAUUUCAGGGGGCGUUGAACUAACGCCGCAUGGAAAACGUCGAGUCCGCCCCUGACUCGCCUGCGCAGGCGCCACCGUCCUCCGCGUCGUCUCUUCCCAAGGAGCAAUCGCAGGUGGAGCUGGAGCUGAGGCUGCUUCAGGCUCUCGAGUUCUACCCUCCGUCCAAACUGAAAGGCAUUCAUCGUCACUUUGUUCUAUACGGCCUCAUGGAAUACUUGAGAAAAAGCCUUGAGAGACAAUUCUCUGCUGAUGAAGUUUUGCAACUAUUGGACCGCUUCUUCAACCUAGAAAUGCUGAAACCAGAGGAUGAUGAGAAGGAUAACUUCAGUCAGGGGGAAGAAUUUUCUUUACCAGAGAGCUUUUUCAACAAGGAAGAAUGAUAGGAAGUACCCAUAGCAUGCUUCGAAAUGUCACUGAAGCUAUUUUGAAGGCCCACCUGCAAGAGAAAUGAGCAUGAGAGUUAGAUUUGUGUAGUGAUUCCCACUUCCCAGUAGUGCGCUUGUCCAUGACAUCCCUUGCUGGCAGACACUAGAACUGAAGAACACAUUCGCUCAGCUCUGUCAGUGUGUAGUGACUUGUACAGCUUUUGUUGGCUCUAGGAUGAUAUGCAAUCGAUGGGAUUGUGCGGUAGGUUUAAUUAACCGUGUGUUUUCCCCGAGCCUUAUAACAUAUACUCAUAUAGCCUAAUGUGCAAUGGUAGUCUUUGUACACUGCAGUUUCUUUAAAGGCAACAGUUAACAGUCGCUAGAUUGCAAUA